GCGACGAUGGUGCUCCUCCGCAGGCGGAUCUGAGGAUGCGCGACCCCCCCGGCUUGGUCCGGUGCUGCUACGCGCUGCUGCUGCUGCUGCUGCUGCCGUGCGCGGUGCGAAGUUGUUCUCCGGGACCCGGCGGCGGCCGCCGGCGCAGUCCGCGCAAGCUGACGCCGCUGGUGUUCAAGCAGCACGUGCCCAACGUACCCGAGAACAUGCUUGCGGCUAGCGGACUGCCCGAAGGACGCGUGGACCGCGGUCACAAACGGUUCAGAGACCUCGUGCCCAAUUACAAUGCGGAUAUUGUCUUCAAGGACGAAGAAGGAACUGGUGCCGACAGGCUCAUGACGCAGCGAUGCAAGAGCAAGCUCAACACGCUGGCCGUGUCUGUGAUGAACCAGUGGCCGGGGGUGCGGCUGCGUGUCACCGAGGGCUGGGACGAAGAAGGCCACCACGCACCCCACUCGUUGCACUACGAAGGCCGCGCCGUGGAUGUGACCACCAGUGACCGCGAGCGCUCCAAGUAUGGCAUGCUGGCGCGCCUGGCCGUCGAGGCUGGCUUCGACUGGGUCUACUACGAGUCGCGCACCCACAUACACCUGUCCGUCAAGUCAGAGUCCUAUGGGUCGGCGCGAACGGGAGGCUGCUUCCACGGCGACGGCCUUGUGCAGACAACUGCUGGCGCCAAGCGACUAGCCGAUGUGCUGCUGGGUGACCAGAUACUAGCCCUGGGUGCCGAUGGCCGGACGCCGGUGUUUAGCGAAGUGAUCGCCUUCUUGGACCGGCAGCCCCAAGCUGAGCGCCUGUUUUAUUCCAUCGACACUGAAUGCGGACUCCAUCUAACGCUAACACCAGGACACCUGGUUUACUACGCGGAUGCCGACCGGAAUGAGGCUGUGUUACCGACGUUCGCAGCCCGCAUCAGGCCUGGCGGUUUCGUGCUUGGACUGGGCAAUGACACUCGUUGCCAAACGAGGACUAGUGACUUGCGGGCUCUCCGUGUGCGAGACGUUCGCGCUGUGUGGUUAUCAGGCGUGUAUGCCCCGCUCACGAGAGAGGGAACUGUGAUUGUGGAUGGUGUGGCGGCAUCUUGCUACGCGGGUGUGCAAAACCAGGCGCUGGCGCACUGGGCAUUUGCGCCGCUACGCUUGUGGCACAGCCUCGUGGCGCCCUCCGAACCUGCACCGUGCAGCUGUGAUGGAGUUCAUUGGUACGCAGACGCCCUGUAUCGGCUCUUCUACCAGCUGCUGCCGAGAGCCUACCUCUUGGAAUGAACCGUGUAGGCGCAUUCUAGCUUGUUCCCGUGUGGACGGCCCUUGUGCUUCGCACUCGCCGACUAUGAGUGCAGCGUCAUUCUGCGCCUUAUGUGACUUUGGAAGUGCCUUUUUGGACAGUGCCUUACACAACGACGCAUAGAGCGUGCUCUUGCCCACAACGCUAGCACUUACACAACAAAGUUGACUAUACACCAGCAUUGCCUUAAUACAAAUGCGCGACACAUUUCCAUCAGACAUGAAAACGCGUUUCGUACUUGAAUAUUCUCUUCGUGGUGUGUCCGAAGGUGUAGAGAUGUUUGACGGCCUGAUACUGCUGGUGAACAGAGAGAGCUCGCAAUCAUGAAAGCAUUAAAGGGACUGACAGCGGCCAGAACGCGCGAGCAGGUUCUGGUGAAAAUUGAAAGAACGUGAAUGGGGUAAUCUAGCAUUCCUUUUGUGAUUUGAAUAGGAAUUGUACUUUUAAAUUGCGUUUUAAAGCCACAGAAACCUGUACGUCGCGCCGGCUAGGGUAAUGCCUUGGUCCGGCGCGAAGGAGUCGUUCGCAAUAUUGUACAUUGCUGUUUAGGAGCAGCCUAAUUGGUGGUUAAAAAUAGCCGUUGCAUUAUCAGGUAUACACGCUUUAUUUAAUGCUUAUUCCGAGGUAAAAGAAAGGGCGCUUACAGGCGCUGCGUUCGCGGCAACUGAGUGAAACCGAAAACCCAUGUCGAGGCACGGCCCGGCGCAUGGCGUGCAUGCAUACGCCACGAAUGUUGGCGUGGCACGCGAAAACGCGGCGAAUCGCAGUGCGCGAGCGUGCGAACGUCGCCGCAUUAGCUUCACAAAGAAGGCUUCAAAUUGUCGCCCGCAUACAAUGGCUAUCGCGCUCAUCUACGGCUGUACGCAGCGUGUGUUGCGUGCAGGAGAUCAUCGGCGCUGGAGAUGAAAAGAUUGUCGUAAAAAAUGUUUCACGGUGUUUUCCGCAUUACCAUUCGAUGAUUAGACACACUGAUCGGAAGGCUGUCAACUGAACGAAUGAAAAUAUGUGCCGUAAAGGUUUGGUUGUGAGCCUCUUUAGCAAAUGAUCAAGGAAUCUGUGGUAAUCUCACAUGCCUUGUCGCCGCUUCAUACAGUGGCCUCAUCUUUUUCGCAGACGAACCUGCCACAGAAAGAGUACCUUUACAUUUCUUAUUACUUUGCGGACAAGAAAAAUGAAUACUUUAACAAUAAAAAGAUAAAUAUUCCAACAGACAUACAGGUCCCAUUUAUUUAUACAGUGUGGACUGAAGCUCAAUUAUAAGCAUCACAUGGUCGGUUGAGAGUAGGUAUGCUCAGCCUUUGAUUGAUUUUAUUGGCUCAAGUAGUUGCCCUCCUGGAUGUCUCAUGCUACAGUGACCUAACUGAUGGAUGGGCUAUGAGAAAGUGCAGCUGAAGCCAAGAGACCGAAGUAGCUUCAUCGUCAGUCAGUAAGUGACGCUAUUUUCAUUACCAAGAUUGAAAAAAUGUCGGAAAGUGAACACUAUUCGCUUCUCGACCGUUCUAGUCAUUCACAGGUACAUCAUCGCCUUGUACAUCCGUGUACUUCAUUUAUGUUGGACUUGACAGCAGUGCUAUUGAUUCAGACUCUGCGGUGCUCUUCAGAAGAGUGUAUGUUGUGACACAGUGUCUUGCAAUAAAGGUAUCCUACUGUAUUCGCCAGACGACCCAAUGGGCGUGGUCUAUCU